UGGGCUGGAGCCGGGCUGCCCGCACGCUGACGCUCUCCCGCUGGGAGGGCCCGGAGCGCCGCCGCGCCUCCCGAGGCUCCCGCUCCCGUCGCUGCGUGCGGAGCCCGGCGGCCCGAGGAGCCCGGCCCAGCAACCAUGGCCCAUUACAAGGCCGAGCAGGACGACUGGCUGAUUGUCUACCUGAAGUAUUUACUCUUCGUCUUUAACUUCUUCUUCUGGGUGGGCGGGGCCGCCGUCAUGGCCGUGGGCGUCUGGACCCUGGUGGAGAAGAGCGGCUACCUCAGUGUCCUGGCCUCCAGCACCUUUGCCGCGUCCGCCUACAUCCUCAUCUUCGCAGGGGCCCUUGUCAUGGUGACGGGCUUCCUGGGCUUCGGCGCCAUCAUCCGGGAGGACAGGAGCUGCCUCUCCACGUAUUUCUGCCUGUUGCUGGUGAUCUUCCUGGUUGAGCUGGUGGCAGGGGUCCUGGCCCACAUGUACUACCAGAGGCUCAGUGAUGAACUGAAGCAGCACCUGAGCCGGACUCUGGCUGAGAACUACAGGCAGCCCGGGGCCUCCGACCUCACAACGUCAGUAGACCGUCUCCAGCAGGAUUUCAAGUGCUGUGGGAGUAACAGCUCCGCCGACUGGCAGCACAGUGCCUACAUCCUGUCUCGGGAGGCUGAGGGCCGCCGGGUGCCCGACAGCUGCUGCAAGACGGUGGUGGCACGCUGUGGCCAACGGGCCCAUCCCUCCAACAUCUACAAGGUGGAGGGAGGCUGCAUCACCAAGCUGGAGCAGUUCCUGGCUGACCACCUGCUGCUCAUGGGGGCGGUGGGCAUCGGGGUGGCCUGUCUGCAGCAGCCAAGGGUGCAUCAAGGGUCACUCUCUUCCCCAGAGAAGAUGAAGGAAAAUGCCUGGGGGCCCGGGGGCCCACUUGAACUUGUAAGAGACCGGGAGGAGUGUGAGUGUGGGCUCAGAUCUGCGGGAUGGUUCUCACCUGCUGCUUGCACCGGAGGCUCCAGCUGCAUUUUUACUAAUGGCCAACUGCGUCCCCCUCCAACAGCCCCUUACAAGGACAGGUGCCCAGAUCCCAUCUUCCAGGCCUGCAGAGUCAGCCCCAGCUUGCCUAGAAACUCCCAGAAACUGCCCCUACUCUGUGCCCAGCCCCUUUAGGCCCGCCAGGUGCCCAAGACCCUGACUCCUGUGGUUCCCACCCAGGCCAGGGGCCCUCAGCCGCCUCCCUCCACUUCCAAGUGCUCAGUGCCAGGAUCCCCGAGCAGGGGACCCAUCCGCCAGCACCCCUCACCAGCAAUGGGGGGCCCGUGGACUGCAGGAGGGUGACAAUCAGACCCUCUGCUCCCUCCCAGCUUCGGAAACGAAAAUGAAGGUCUGAAGACCCCAGCCCCUCUGGGACUCCUCCUUGCAUUGGGCCCGUGAGCUCCCCAUUGGUGCUGAGCACCCCUCCUCUUGUUCUGCUUGGUGUCCUUUUCUCUCCCCACUGGGAGAUACUUAGGGUGGGGCAGUUAGGGUAGCUCUGCCCCCAGAAGACCCAGUCCUUUGAUGUGCCCACCCCCACACCUUCUCACCUGGAAGGGAGUGUCCUUGAGGGCCUGGUUCCUUCCCUCAGGGCCCGGCAGUGGAGAGGUCUGGGGUGAGGACCCUGGAGCUGGGGUUGGGCAGUGGUGGGCUCGUGGCACUGCCAGGGAGGGGACCAAGGCAGGUAAGGUGGCCACCACACCGCAUGCUGCCCCAGGACCCUGUGCACUGCCCAGAAGCCAUCCCUGGGGAGAGGUCCCCCAGGAGACCAUGGCCUUGAGCCCCAGUCCGCAGUUAAUAGGCCCCUCAGGGAUCUCCUCUCUAUGGCCUGAUUCUCAGGAAUGCCAGGUUUUUAAAAUGAUCUCCAGCUCUUAAUGUUGGUGGGAGUGAAAACCCCUUCCUGAUUAGGCCAAAUCACAGACCCUGCAAAGCUGGAGCCACGGAGAAGGUGCAGCUCUGAGUAGAGGGGUGCUCUGCCCUGAAACCCGUUUUUCCUGGGCCCACAGUCCCUGACCCCAUGGCCACCACUGAGCCGCCUCCAGGAGCCCUCGCUCCGCUUCCCAGAGUGAAUACAGUCCCUUUCUUUGGUUCUCCCUUGCUUCUCUGAAUCAGGCAGGGGAUUUUUCAGGAAGAACUUUCUCAAAUACUAAGGGAGAACGGAACAAAAAGAAAACCCUGGAAAAUGCAGAGUACAGACUCUGGCAGUUUUCCAAAGAACAACUGUUAACCUGGAAGUCAGCCACAGGGACCCCCCGCCCCCCAGUAGCUGUUCCAAGUGGGUAGACCGGAGCCAGAGAAAUCCACACCCGGCUCCUGUACCUUCCAGGUCCCGUGCUGCCCUGCUGGGGACGCUCUUACACCCCACCAUGAGAGGGUGGCCCCUUGUUGAUAAGAUCAAGCCAAGAAAGGCCACACCUUGCCUCCCAACUCAUUCCAGGCCCCAGUGUGAUGAGCGCAGCUCUUGGUAACCUGCGUCAGUCCUGGGUGAAGGGUGUUCUCUCCCACACACAGGUCACUGCUGCCCCCAAACAGCCCCCAACUGGACAGACACUGUGCCCCCUCAGAACACAGAUUACGCCCACGCGCAGAGGGAAGACCAGCUUCCCAGGGCAGGUGGCCUCCCCGACCAAGGGGGUCCUCCAGGGGCUACCGGAACCCCGGCUCGCUUAUCCGCUCUACCCUCAGGGCCCUGGGGUUGCUGAUGCAGACUCAUUAACAGGGAGACCAGCUUUCCAGCAAUCCUGGACUGCACCAAGGCCGGAAGAAACAGUACUGGGACUAUCUUUGGUGCCCUCCAACUUCCUGGGAGUCAUGCAGACAAUCGAGAAAUGAUGGACCCCCAAGCUCUCUGCAGGGCUAGGUGGCAGACUGCUGGGUCUUACCAAGGGAGGGCUGAAAGAGAGCCGUGUUCUUCCUUGGAGGGGCCCGCGGGAGGCAGUGAUGCCCGGGGAGGGGCCGGGUCCUGUGGUACCUGCCAACCCCUGCUGGAGUCACUGCACUCUUGACUGAGGUCAGUGGGGCUUGUGGAGGUGGGACAGGGUGACCGGCCCCCGCGUGGGGUUAGGCCGCCCGGGUGGAGGGCGGGAUUAGCUGUGAUUCUACCCUGGGCACCGUCCCACCCCGACGGCUGCUGGAGGACGGAUGGUCCAAGCUGCAGAGACAGAAGGGCCCAGAGCUUUAGACAACGCUGAUCUGCUUGUUCGUGCCCACAGCCCGGGACGGGAGGCAGGGUUAGAGGGAACGGAGGCCCAGGAUACGGCGGGCUCCGGCUCGGGACACGCAGAAGGCGGGAGUCCGGAGCCCAGGAGGUGCCCGCCUGGCCUGAGAGGAUGCGGAUCUGCGCCCAGGGCGCUGCGUGGAGGCAGUGGUGCUCGCGCGUUCCUCGGGGAGAGAGAGAAGGGCGCGCAGGACUGUCGCACGCCGCCCGCAGCGGGUGUGUGAGCACACCGGGACCCAGAAAAGCCAGCAUUCUGUCGAGGUCGGGCCACGGCAGCUGCUGGAAGCCACAAGCCGGAGUCACCUAUCCUCGCCCUUCCCUCUGCCCGUGCGCUGGGGCAGCCACCCUGAGAGGGAUGGCCUGUCCCCACUCGGGAUGACCCGUUUCGUUCAUUUCACUCAUUCCUUUUCCUGGGGAGGCAGGAAUGAAACUCGGCCUUUGGUGAGGGGAUAAGGCUUGCUUAAAAUGUUCAUGACCUCUCCUUUCUUCUCCCUACCCCUCCCGACAGCCUUGCCCCAAGUCUAGGGGCCCCUCUGGCCUGCCACAGGGGAGCGUCCAGGGCCUGGUGGUUACUGAGGGCCGACUAUGUGCUCAGAAUGUGUUAGUCCCCUAAGUGCUUUCUCUCAUAGCGAUCGCUGCAAGAAGGUACUAUUGUCCCACUCCACAGGCGACAAAAUUAAGGCUCAGAGCUGUUAAGAGAUUGGCCGGUCAGUGGCCGUGGCUGCUGUCCUGCACCCCGACCGGGUGGAAGCAAGGGGAGCUGGGAGCCCCCGCUGCUCGGUGUCCUCCGGCUCUCCAUCUGCGCAGUAAGCUGUCAGGCUGAUGUUCAGGAACAGCGUGGCCCUCGAGGGGCACUGUCCAAUAGCAGCGGCCUGGCCCCCCCUUCCCAGAGCGGCUGGAACCAUCCAUCAGCCGCGGCGCCUGUGCGCCCUGCGCAUCUGCACCCAGCAGAGAGGCCUGGCUUCUUUCCCCCUGACAGCCAGGCGGUGUGGUGGCUCAGGCUGCAGGCGGGGGCCCUGGGGACCACCGCUCAGGGCAGGGGCCAGCCCAUCACCUCGGGUGCCAGCGCUGACACUGAGUGAGAGCAGACCAGACCUCAGCAAUGGGAACCCGAACACGGCGUGUGGAAUCUCAUGCCCCGGCGGAGAUCACAUCUGGGGGCACGCAGGGCUGGCGAGGGUGCGGGGAACCCCUCUCCUUGCCCCAUGUGGGGCCCAGGGGAAAAGUCUCAGGUCACAAGCAGUCACAGCCACCCUGGGUGGGGAGGAGGCUCCGUGGGGCGGGGGGGGUGGGGGGGGCAUGUUAACCACCUCCAGCUACCGUUCCCUACCCUGUAUUGCUGAUGCGGGGCUCGGGGGGUGGUGGCCACAGCGUGGUCUCUAUUUCACAGAGCUGACGGCCUGGAAUCUCAUCAGGCCGCUCAGCCCGUGCACUUGCACGGCCACAGGCACUUAGGUCUGGAAGGGCCAGCGCUGCACUUGGGGGAGGGGGGUGCCCCCAGGAUCCUUGUGCCCUGCAGCCAGUUUGGGUCUGAGAAUCGGCCACUCUGGCCUGUCCCGGGGUUUGGAGAUAGAGGAAGUGAACUGAGACACUUUCAUCACCCCCCACCCCACUUUCCACCUUGCAAACACUCUCCACUUUUGGCCACUUGGGGCCUGGGGAGAGAAGGGGAGGAGUAGGGGAAGGCGGUUGACUAGCUAAAGAGAAAACGUGUCUUCUAUGUCACUGCUGGGUGGCGCUCACAUCGCCGAGGAUGCUAGUGAUGUGGUGGAACCAGAAGUUGUCAAACUUGACGAUGCAUCAGGUCGCCCGGAGGGUCACCCCCUGAGCGUCACCUCUGCAGGGGCAGGGCGGAGGACUUGCGUUUCUAACAAGUUCCCAGGUGAUGUUGGUGCUGCUGGCCCCGGACCCACCCUUUGAGAACCGCUGCUUCAGACCACCCCACCAAGGACGCUUGGCCACCUUCCUUUGUAGGCGCGUCAACCCUCAGCAUCCUUCAAGAUGUCUGGCUGGGGCCCAGCCCAUUCACCGCUCAAGGGCGGGCCAGGGACACGCCUCUCCUGCCAUGCCUUCUUGCAGCACCUGCUCUGCCCUCUGCGUGGGUCUGUGACCGUGGCUGGGAGACCAGGUGCCUGGGUCCUCUUCCUGGAAGGGAACAGAUUAGCUUCCGACCACCUUCCGUGUGCCUUGGGAGAGUCCAGCUCCAUUCUCGUCGCCCCACUUUCUAGUUUAGCACGAUGGCCCCGCCCCGCCUGUACUCCAUCCCCCAGCCUCCCAUGUGCCCCCUUCCCCUCUUGCUUCUGCCCCCAAGACCCCCCGUGCAAGUGCCGCUAGCAAUUCCAGGCAGUCCAGUAUUAGGCCUGAUGGGCUUCUGGAACCAGCUGGCCCGUGGAUAUGGGUCGUCACAAUAUUGUGGAAACUGAGAAGUUGCCUUACCUACUGCAUAUAGAGAAGUUGCUAUGUAGUUGUGAACAUGCCCCUCUGCUCAGCCUGGCCUCACCUGCUGAGUGGCAUGACAAUAAAGGAGUUGUAUCUACGGCUACCUUCUGUUGCUUUUU